AUGUCGAAAGAAACAGCGUCUAUGAGAGAAAUACAACACAACCGACAACUCAUUAUGCAAGCUCUAAAUAAGAACACAACAAACUUUUCAAACUAUUCUAAGAUAUCUGAGUCAUUGAAAGAAGGAAACUUAAAACUGACAUUAAACCCAAUGACAGACGAGUUUCUGUUUCAAGACAGUAAGAACCAUACUGUCUGUAUAAAUCCAACAAAAGGAACUUUAAACGAGAAACCUAUAAAAGAACUUCUUUUGAAAGCAGAUGUUGACAACAAAGCUGACAAAGAGUAUGUCAUUGAAAAAGUUCAAGAAGAACAUGACAGAGCAGAUGCAACAUAUGCAACGAAAGAACAUACUCAUCCUGAACUAGCAGACAAAACAUAUGUUGACAAUAAAAUGUCAAGUGAAGUGACAAGAGCUGAAAACGAAUAUUCUAAAAAGACUCAUACACAUACCAUUGCAAAUAUUACAAACUUACAAGAAACCUUAAACAGGAAAAGUGACGUUGGACAUACACAUUCUAUAUCUGAAAUAACAGACUUAAACGUUAGCCUUGAAAAGAAAGCUGACAAAACAUAUGUCAACAGUGAGUUAGAGGAGAAAGUAGAUAGGGGUUGUAUGGCUAGUGCGUUAGUGAAGAAGGCAGAUAAGGAAUAUGUGGAUGAAAAAGACAAUGAAAUUAUAGAAAGGGUUGAAUGGUACCAUGAACGGACAUCGAAGAUUUUAAAAACUAAAGCCGAUACAGGAUGGGUUUCAGGAUGUUUAGCCCUUAAAGCCGACAAGAACCAUACACAUACCAUUGCAAAUAUUACAAACUUACAAGAAACCUUAAACAGGAAAAGUGACGUUGGACAUACACAUACCAUUGCAAAUAUUACAAACUUACAAGAAACCUUAAACAGUAAAAGUGCCGUUGGACAUACACAUACCAUUGCAAAUAUUACAAACUUACAAGAAACCUUAAACAGUAAAAGUGACGUUGGACAUACACAUAACUUCUUCUCAACUGUUGGUAUAGAAAGUAUUUUAGGAACGAUUGAAGAAACUGGUGGGGGUGGAUUAUAUUUUAAACCUCCUAACUUUCCAGAAGGUUUAACAUCGGAUAAAGACAUUAGAUGUAGAAAUGUCUAUGUCAUGGAGGAUGAAAACAAAGUUAAAUUCACUGCUCAAGAUUUAUAUGAUAAAAAAGCUGACAAAACAGAGCUUCAAA